AUGGCAAAGUCCAAGAAAGCACACCUAGUUUUAAUUUGUUGUUUUAAUAUUUCUUUCUUCCUCUCUUUUCCCUUUAGACGGGCUCAUUUACGGUUGUGCUUGGAGCGUUUGAAAUCUCUCGUACCACUGGGACCAGAUUCUAAUAGGCACACCACCCUCAGCUUGCUAAUGAAAGCCAGAGUGCACAUAAAGAAACUAGAAGAGAGCGAUAAGAGAUCCCAGCACCAGUUAGACCAGUUGCAGCGUGAGCAGAGGCAUCUGAAGAGGAGACUGGAGCAGCUGGGAGUGGAGAGGAUACGGAUGGACAGCACCGGGUCCACUCUCUCAUCCGAGAAGUCCGACUCCGACCAAGAGGAGAUCGACGUGGACGUGGACGUGGAAGGGACUGACUACCUGAUGGGGGACUUGGACUGGAGCAACAGCAGCAUCAGUGACUCUGACGAGAGAGGCAGCCUGCGGAGCAGCUGCAGUGACGAGGGUUACUCCAGUGCCAGCCUCAUGAGACUAAAACUGCAGCAGCUCUCCCCCGGCCCCAGCAAACCACCAGCAACAACAGCAGCAGCAGCGUUGGGCAGCAGCCUGUAAGAGAGGAUAGCCGACCAGCAAGACAGCAACAGCAACAAGCAACGACCACCACACAGCUCUCCACUCUGCCCAGUCGAACCCAGUCAAACCUGCUCGCGAACAGCACAUCAAACAGGGUCGUCCGCCUUUUGGUAUCCAGAGACCAGUUUCUCAAAGCUAGCACUUACAUGGGUCUGUAAUAUUUUAAGAUAGUAUGAGAACGUUUUGUAAAUUUCCACUCACAAGUGUAUAUUCUUUAAAGCAUAAAUGUGUUAUUUUUAUUCGUAGGGAGGUGAAUUGGAUUUAGCACUGUUACUUAACUGCUUUCUAAAACUAGCCCCAGGUUGAUUUCCAAACUAGUGACGUGAGGAGGCUAGAAUCAAAGUGGCGCCACCCCCCCCCACCCCCUCACUCUCUCAUGUGCCUCUCCAGGGUUUUGGAUCCUGCUUACCAUGUAACUGGUGACUAAGCUGAUCUGUUGACCUCAGCUAAGGCUGCAUUUCUGCAUUUCUAACAGGCUGAAAUGCCACUUUCAACUAUCCCAUGCAUUUUCAGUGUUGGGGGGGGGGGACGGGGGGACUGGAUCUAUAUUGUACUUAUUUAAGGUUUUACAAAGCUAUGUAUUGAAAAAGUUAAAGGAUUGAUUAAAAAGCCUAUAGAACGAACGCACUGGUGCUUUUUGUUCUGUGUUUAUUCACGGAAAUACCAACUAAGAAAAAGGAUGCCCCACUUUGAUUCUAGCUUUGCCCAGUAUAAAGACCAGGAUUCUCCAGAGUGGUCUAUAGAGAUUAGGGGUGGGCCUGUCUGUACAGCUGCUCUUCGUUCCAUACAGGUUUGACUGCAGCAUUCUUUCGUCUGUGAAGAACGCGUGUGUGUCUCCUUUUCUUUUAAAAAUUUUUUUAAACAUUUUAUUAUAUAGCUUGCUGUUUAGAAUUAUUAUUUUUUUUAUUUAAAUGAAAGAGGACCGAUGUGCAGCAUUGGUAUGUGUGUGUGUGUCACCAAACAAAAAAUCGCCUCGAUUUCUCUCUCUGUCCUGAAGGUUUGUCUUACCUACUGCUAUCACAAAUUCUUUUUAAAAAAAACUUUUUUUCUUUUUUAAAUAUUAUUUAUUUUUAUUUAAUCACACGUGUAUCUUUAAAAAAAAAAAAAGUUAAUGAAACACAAAAGCACAUUCCAAAUAUUGGAAGCAUUUAAAUGCGUUUGUAGGUUAGUGAGCAAAUCUCUCUCUCUCUCUCUCUCUCUCUCUCUCUCUCUCUCUCUCUCUCUCUCUCUCUCUCUCUCU